AUGUCGGAAAUAAAACCCUUCCUUUGUGACACGAUUGAUAAAUCCAUGGUCAGACAGGAAUGGGAGAAAUGGUUACGUUCUUUCUCGUUGUACCUUGAAGCGGAGGAAAUAUCAGCAGUUGUAAAAAAGAAGAGCAAGCUGCUGCAUUUGGGUGGCCCGCAACUGCAGGAGAUAAUUUACAAUAUUCCUGGGGCCUUGGUUGAAUAUGAUACAACAGCGGAAAAUGAUGUGUACGCGAUCUUAGUUGACAAGCUCAACGAAUAUUUUGCACCAGCAAGAAACACAGUGUUUGAGAGGCAUAUUUUUCGGAAUCUGAGUCCAAUUGAGGGCGAAUCAUUUAACAAAUUCUUGGUUCGGCUGAGGCAACAACUAGCGAAAUGCUCUUAUGGAACGACAAAAGCCGAAAUUGAGGAAAUCUGUAUGGUAGACAAAAUAAUUGAUUCGUGGGCGUCGACUGAUUUGAAAAAGAGGUUUCUCGAAAAGGAACAAACCUUGGACGAAAUAAUUAAUGCGUGUAAGGUCUCCGAUCAAAUAACUAAACACUCACAGGGAAUUUUAGGGGCAGAUAACUCUGCGGUUGUUAGUAAGAUUUCCUUCAAAAACCGUUUUGGGAAUGACUCAAAUAAAUCAUGUAUAAGAUGUGGUUAUAAUGAUCAUAAUUCGGAUAGUACUAAAUGCCCAGCUCGUAACAAAUAUUGCAAACGCUGUAAUCUGCUAGGUCAUUUUGCAAAACAAUGCAAAACUAGAAACCUGAAAAGGUCAGCCGAAACGACCAAAAAGUUUAAUCCAAAAAAACGAAAGGAAUUUUCAAACGUACGCAACAUUGAAGAUCGAAUGGAGAGCGACGAAGACUGCAGAGAGUUAGAAUGCUUUAGGAUUAAUGGCACAACCGAAAGAGAUGACGAUAUCAUUUGUAGCAUCGGAGGUGAAUUGGUGGAAAUGGUCAUUGAUUCGGGAUCUCCUGCAAAUCUUUUGAGUGAAAACCACUGGAAUUGGCUCAACUGCAACAAUGCUGUUAUGUGGAAUGUUAGGUCUCAAUCAACGGAGAGGUUUAGAGCAUACGCUACAGAUAAGCCACUUAAAGUCUUGAAAAUCUUUGAAGCCCCUAUUAGUGUGCUGCAAAAUCGAGAAGUGGUUGCCACAUUUUACGUUGUCGAAAAAGGGAGUCAAUCACUUUUGGGUAAGAAAACAGCAACUCAACUCAACGUUCUAAAACUAGGUUUAGAAGCGUGUCGAGUUGAGAUGGUGCAGCCUUUUCCAAAAAUUAAAAAUAGACAAAUUAAAUUAUCUAUUGACUUGAAUGUGAAGCCUGUUCAACAGUCGUUAAGACGAGUGCCAGUAGCGGUUGAAGAAAAAGUAGCCGCGAAAUUGGAUGAAGCGUGUAGUCGUGACAUAAUAGAGCCGGUAAGGGGUCCAAGCUCGUGGAUUUCUCCAAUUGUGGUGGUUUUUAAAGAAAAUGGUGAAAUUAGGCUAUGUAUCGAUAUGCGUUUAGCAAACAAAGCUAUUUUACGCGAAAAUUACCCGCUACCCACUUUUGAGAUGUUCAUAGCUAAAGCGCGAGGAGCAAAGUUUUUUUCAAGACUUGAUUUAAAGGAUGCUUACCAUCAAUUGGAACUACAUGAAUCUAGUCGAGAGAUAACCACAUUCAUUACCCACAAGGGGUUAUUUCGAUAUAAGCGGCUCCUUUUCGGUGUGAACUCAGCACCGGAGAUUUUUCAGCGUGUGUUGGCUGAAAUACUAUCACCAUGUAAAAAUGCCCAUAAUUAUUUAGAUGAUGUGAUCAUUUUUGGGAAAACGGAAUUGGAACAUGAUGAAGCAGUGCGAGAAGUAUUAAAGAUAUGCGAAGAAAACGACGUGCUGCUAAACAAGAGGCAGACCCCAACAGAGCUAAUGUUCAAUAGAACGAUCCGGGACAAGCUUCCAGACAUACGAGAUCUGGCGGAUGUAAUGGUUGAUUCGUCGGCGAGAGAUAGUGAUCUUGUGAAUAAUCAGAAAGGAAAAGAAGUAUCCGAUAAAAGAAGAGGUGCCAGGGAGUCCACCAUAAAUGUGGGAGACAAAGUGCUCGUGAAAAAUGUUGUAUUUCCAUCUAAGCUGACACCAAAUUUCGACUUAACGGAAUACGAGGUUGUUGGAAGAGAAGGCAAUGAAGUGGAGCUACUAGGUGAUGGAAGGAAAAUAAAACGCAACGUAAGUCACUGUAAGAAGGUGCUAUCACCUCAACCACCAAUAGGCGACACCGGCAACACAAACUCAACACCAUCCCAGGGAAGUCCCAACCACAAUCAAGGGUUACACGCUGAUACAUAUACAGACAGCUUUGAGCAAUGCACCCAUCCGAAAAACCACAGCGACGAAAAGAAACCAACAGCCGGGUUAAAACUUAAACUGAAAAAGAAGGGAGAGAUGUGGCAACCCUGCCAUGCGAACGAUGACAAUGAAGAACAAACGAAUCAGCUGUGA